AUGUUGUUGACUGUGAAGAAAGGGCCAAGAUCUUAUGAUGAAUUAAAGACAAUUGAGGGGUUCAAGCACAAUUCUUUUAGAGAAGCAUGUUUUGCAAUGGGCUUCCUAGAAGAUGACAAAGAGUUCAUUGAGGCAAUUAAAGAAGCUUAUAACUGGGGUUCUAGAGUAUUUUUGCGCAAACGUUUUGUUACAAUGUUAUUAUCAGCUUCAUUGAAUCGACCAGAACAUGUUUGGCUUUACACUUGGAUAUACUUAUCAGAUGGAAUUCUAUAUGAACAAAGACUAUUGUCACAAAAUCCAGAUUUAACUUUGUCAGAUGAAGAUAUUCAACAACUCACUUUGAUGGAAAUUGAGAAGCAGCUGCAGAAAAAUAGAAGAAGUUUGAAAGAAUUUAAGCCAAUGUCAUAUCCAAAUAAUUAUGUCCUUGACUUUCUUGGAAAUAGAUUGAUAUAUGAUGAAAGACAAUAUGAUAUCAAGGCUCAAGAAGAGAUUUACCACAAUCUAUUUUAA